AUGGACGUAUCUAAGGGGCACGGGUGGCUGGGUGGUUUUCAAAAACGAAAUGCAGUCUCCGCUCAAGGCGAAAAAACGUCUUCACAGAUGUUGACAUCCGACAACGCUGACCACAAUGAACCUGUCAAAGACGCCAUGGUCGCGUUCGCCCAGUCCGCCAGCGUGUUAGGACUCAAGAACGUGGUCGACCCAAAGUCCAGUUUGGUGAGACGCGCUGUGUGGUUGUGCUGCGUUCUGGCAGGUGCUGCCUUCCUUUGUUACCACAUCUGGAACCGAGUCGCAUACUACCAGAGCAACCCAGUCUCCGUAAACGUGGAGGUUCUUUAUUCCCAAGAGCCCUCACUCGUCUUUCCCGCGGUCACUGUGUGUAAUAUAAACAUCUUCAGAAACUCCAGUGUAACUGCUGCCGGAGUCAAGUAUAUGGCCUACGUAUACUCGGCUUCGAGGCUCUCCUGGGAAGGAUUUCAGAGAGUCUCGCAGAUGAAUCUAACGGGCUACAACUGGUCGGAGUUCUUUCGUUUUCAUGGUCAUAGGCCAGAGGAAAUGUUCUUAUUCAACCAGGUGAUGGUUCACUCUCCGAGUGAAACCCCCGUGCCACAGCUAGCCGGCACCAAGGUGACCCCCGGCUCUAUUGUGGACAUUGCAAUCUGGCAAACUCAGGUGGAGAACCUACCGCCUCCUCAUGGAAACUGUCACGACAGCGAACUGGCGUAUUUCCCCGUGUUCUCUCAGCUGAACUGCCUGAAUGAAUGCUACUUUAAUUUCACUCUCGCUAAAUGCGGGUGCCAGUCACCACCUAUGAACUACCUCCCGGACGUCCCAAGUUGUUCUCCUAUCACGAUUUUUCCAUGUUUGACCACGCCCUUCAAAGAGGUCGCCACCGCCAUGUCCACCUGUCGCUGCAGCGCCCCCUGUCGGGAACGCAUCUACAACUAUGCUGUGUCUCACGCCAAGAUGACCAAGGCAUUCAAGCAGGACUUAAUGCACCGGUAUCCCGGCAUUACGGAGAGUUAUAUUGAUGAAAAUGUCGUUAAGGUUAAGAUUUUUUAUAAGACGUUAAACGUAGAAAAGAUGACUCAACAGAAGGCAUAUACAAUGUUGGCGCUGUUUGCAGAUAUAGGGGGCGCUUUAGGACUCAUCUUGGGAAGCACCUUGAUGACGGCUGUGGAAAUCAUCGAUUUUGUAGCCGCCCUGGCGGCAAGACGUCUGUGUGGAGGAAAACUUUAG